ACCUGGUCUGCCUUUCUCAACCCCGCCCCCUCUGUCCUUCGCGGUGGCUGCUGGGAGUUGUAGUUUUCUUACGGCGGCUGUUGGGCCGUACGGGGAGAUUAUAUACCGCCCGGGCUCGGCGGACUCGGUUUCCCAUCGUGCCUGGAGGGUAGAAGCACGGAUGGCGGAGAAGGAUGACACCGGACUUUGACGACGAAGUGGUGUUUGAGAAUUCACCACUUUAUCAGUACUUACAGGACGUAGGACAUACUGAUUUUGAAGUAUGCUCACCAUUGCUACAAAAACCGGAAGAAUGUACAUUCGAAGAGGGGCAAAAAGACAUGGAUACAGUUGCAAUUCAGACCAAAGACGUCCUAUCAAACUUAGCUGAGAAAUUUAAAAGCUGGCUUUCUUUUUUACCAUAUAAGAAAAAAGAUGAACUACUUCACCAGUUGGAUGUUGGUUUUCGCUCGGAGGCUCUCUGCACUAUCCUGCAACAGGAAGUUCUGCUGCAGGAGGAUGUUGAACUGAUUGAGCUACUUGACCCCAGUAUCCUGUCUGCAGGGCAGCCCAAGCAACAGGAACAUGGACAUCUUCCAACGCUACGCUCCCUAGCAACUCCUAAUAUUUGGGAUAUCUCAUUAUUAUUUGCCUUCAUCAGCACGCUGAUUAUUCUUCCUUCUUCAUGGAAUGGAUCUCUUGGAUUGGUGUGGGGAGUAGGCUUGUUGGUUUACAUGUGCUUGCGAGGUUUGGACACACUGAACACAGCCAAGCUGCAAAUGUCUCUAAGAAAAUGCCAACUCCAGCUAGAAGAUAUGGUGACUAAUUGUCGAGCCUUCACUAACCUUGUGAGAAAAUCUCUACGGCUCAUUCAAGAAACUGAAGUCAUUUCCAGAGGAUUUACUCUUUUGCUUGACAGGGUCAGUGCUGCUUGGCCAUAUAAUAAAGCCGGACAGCAUCCUUGUCAGCAUCUCAUUGGUCUUCGGAAAGCAGUUUAUCGGUCAGUUCGAGCCAACUUCAGAGCGUCAAGGCUUGCUACCUUGUAUAUGCUGAAACAUUACCCAUUGAAUUCUGAGAGCGACAAUGUGACAAACUACAUCUGUGUGGUGCCUUUCAAAGAAUUGGGCCUUGGACUCAGUGAAGAGCAGGUGUCUGCGGAAGAAGCACACAAUCUCACAGAUGGCUUCAGCCUGCCAGCACUAAAGGUUUUAUUUCAACUUUGGGUUGGACAAAGUUCUGAAUUCUUCAGGCGGCUAAUUCUUCUGCUGUCCCCCUCCAAUGCAUCCAUCAAGACCCUGAUUAGGCCAGAACAUUUGCCACUUUCUACCUUUACUGAUGUGACUCAGGGUCUUCAUCAUGCACAUGCUGCCUGUUUAGAAGAGCUUAAACGGAGCUAUGAAUUUUAUCGGUACUUUGAAACACAACAUCAAUCUGGUUUGGAACGUUCAGUCAAAACCGAACAAAAGUCAAGAGAACUAAAUCGUCUCCACACAGCAGUGCGCAGUUUACAACUCCAUCUGAAGGCCUUGCUUAAUGAAGUAAUAAUUCUUGAGGAUGAACUUGAGAAGUUUAUUAGUUCCAAGGAAAGCCAAGAACUAACUUUGGAGGCCUACCAAGUUGUAGAAACAAAACUAAGACUUGUUCAACCUCACAUGCAAGCAAGCAACAGCUGCUGGGAAGAGGCCAUUUCUCAGGUGGAAAAAAUGGUUCGAAGAAAUCCAGAGAAAAAAGGCAAUCCUGAACCAUCAUGUGAGAACAAGCAAUGCACCAUGGUACCUUUGCUGCAACCAUCUGUGCAUAUAGAGGAUAAAGACCCAAUCCCUGAAGAACAGGAACUUGAAGCAUAUGUUGAUGAUGCAGAUAUAGACAGCGAGUAUAAAAGAGAUGACUUUUAUUACUUUUCCCUGGAAGACAGAGAGAGGCAAAAACGCGAAAGAGAGGAAUCCAAGAGAGUGCUGCAGGAAUUAAAAUCUGUGCUGGGAUUUAAAGCUUCAGAGGCAGAAAGACAAAAGUGGAAGCAACUCCUGUUUAGUGAUCAUGCUGCGAUGAAACCCUUGCCUGGUACAGAGCAAGAGGAAUCCAUAAAUAUUUUGGGAUUGCCGGAGAAUUCAGAAUCAGGCAUGCAGGUGUGCAGCAGAGAUGACAGCUUGGAAGAAGCAGUCUCUGACUUCAAAACACAAGCUACUGACGGUGAGAAAGAUAGGGUGGAGUACCUCUUUGAUGGAUCUGGUAAGAACAAAAAUGACAUUGCUGCAAAUGGUGACUCACCAGAAGUUGAAAAAAGAACAUGUUACCAAUGCAAUGGAGAAGGUGAAGAAUCUGAGUCAGCUGGUGUGGACAGAGUUGAUGUGUCGCAGCCACCUGAGAGAGAGGUGUUACAGUCCUCCAUCAAACAAAGACUGGCUGAGCUUCAUAUAUCAGCAGAUUUGAAUUUCACAUCAGGACUCGCAGCACAGGUUGCCGCCAGGUCACUGACAUUUACAACCAUGGAAGAGCAAACAUUUGGCGAUGAGGAGGAGGAAGAAGAAGAGGAGGAGAUACAGGAAAAGGAAGACUUUUUUGAAAAACACAAAGGUGAAGUAAAUGACUGCAAAAAUGAAGAAUCAUAGAGCCCACCUAAACUUUGCCUUGCCUAUUUGAACACAAUGGAAGGCUAGUGGGAUUAACAGCAGCAGCACAUGCAAAGAUCCAGCAUUGAUAAUAUUGGAUGUUGAAGAGAAGAUAACCAUUAAAAAUCAUGACUUUAAUUGGACUUUACUAGUCUUUUGAAAUAUAUCCAUGUGCAAAUAUCAACUAGACUCCAAGUGUAUAGUGUGGUUCUAAUAGGUACCACGAAUGAAUGGCAUUUCUUUUAAUAUUUUAUCUUUAUUUAUUUAUAUUAUUGGGCAUUUUUCCCCAAAAAUGAAAAAGCAAAUGGUCUAAUUGUCAUUUCCUAAUUGCUGAUUGUAAUGUUGACCUUAAUUAUGCAACUACUUGAAAUGGUUCUUUAACAAGAACCUAACACCGUGUGGGUUUUCCUGCCUACUUUGCGUCCUGUCCUUUCUGUAUUAGAUCACUUAAUGACCUGCAUAUUUGUUGAACUGUUGGUUCAUCAGGCUCACAGCCUAAGAUGUGGACUGCUUUGUUUAAUGAAAGCCAUAGCUAGUGUAUCCUGGGAUGCUAACCUAAAAUAAUAAGAAGUUAUUAGCAAAGGGUUACAAAGCAAAACAAAAACCCAGCACAAUCUUGUGUAUUUUAACUUCUGGACUGUGGAGAAUAUUUUGACUGUUUCAUGUUUUUUCAGUGAUUUUUUCCAUAUUGCAAACACUCCCAAGUUGUCACAUGUGACCCCCCCCUUUUUUUUUUGCAGAUAAGGGAAAUUAAACAGAUUCUGAUCAGGUCUUCUCCCCUGUUUCUUUCCAUCUGUUACCUUGUGUAAAAACAACUUUACUUCUGCAGCAGAGACUAACUGAGACUUGGUGUCCUUUGAUUUCAGUUUCUACUUUGUUUUCCAUUGGGUCACAUUCUCUGAAAAUGCUCCAUCCAAAGGUAACUCAGAUUCUCCUUCUAUUGGUUUCAUGUUCAGUCUGAUCUACAAGUGUUUUCAUGUCUUUCACUUCAGCACUUCCACCACCAUUAGAGUAACUGCUUCACCUGAUUUUCCCUACUGUGGAAGGUAGUGGCAGCAGCUGUUGACUUUCACACAUGGAAUAUAGCCUCAAUAACUGUAAUUAUUAUUAU